UGAAGUGAACGAGCCAUGGCGAGUGAAGACAAACAAGUGCAGCCAACAGGUGAUGAUGGAGGAGGAGGAGGAGGAGCAGGGAAAGAAGGAAGUGUUGCUGAAGGGGAAACUGUGCAGCAGCCUUUGAAUCCAGGAGUCCCCAUCCGAGGCAUCAAGAUGAAAUUUGCUGUGCUGACAGGGUUGGUGGAAGUUGGUGAUGUGUCCAAUAGAGACAUAGUCGAUACUGUAUUUAAUCUGCUUGUUGGGGGCCACUUUGACUUGGAAAUUAACUUUAUCAUCCAAGAAGCAGAGGGCAUCUCCUGCAUGGUGGAGCUGCUGGACAAGUGCGAUGUCACCUGCCAGGCUGAGGUCUGGAGCGUAUUGACAGCCAUUUUGAAGAAGAGCAUCCGCAAUCUACAGGCUUGCACAGAAGUUGGGCUUGUUGAGCAAGUGCUGGAGAGGAUUGACAGAGCUGACAACGUGAUUGCAGAUCUCUUUGUGGAUAUGCUGGGUGUGUUGGCAAGCUAUAACUUGACAGUUCGAGAACUAAAGUUAUUCUUCAGCAAGCUUCAAGGAGAAAAAGGGAGAUGGCCACCACAUGCUGGAAAGCUAUUGUCUGUGUUAAAACACAUGCCUCAGAAGUAUGGACCUGAUGCCUUCUUCAACUUCCCUGGGAAAAGUGCUGCUGCUAUUGCCUUACCUCCUAUAGCCAAGUGGCCAUACCAGAAUGGGUUUACUUUCCAUACUUGGCUAAGAAUGGAUCCUGUAAAUAAUAUCAAUGUGGAUAAGGAUAAGCCUUACUUGUAUUGUUUUCGAACAAACAAAGGACUUGGUUAUUCUGCUCACUUUGUUGGAGGCUGCUUGAUUGUAACAUUCAUAAAAUCAAAGGGAAAAGGUUUCCAGCACUGUGUAAAAUUUGAUUUCAAGCCACAAAAGUGGUAUAUGGUCACUAUAGUGCACAUCUACAACCGCUGGAAGAACAGUGAGCUCCGCUGUUACGUGAAUGGAGAGUUGGCCUCUUAUGGAGAAAUAACAUGGUUUGUCAACACCAGUGAUACAUUUGACAAAUGUUUCCUGGGUUCUUCAGAAACAGCAGAUGCCAACCGAGUAUUCUGUGGGCAAAUGACGUCUGUGUACCUUUUCAGUGAGGCUCUCAAUGCUGCUCAGAUCUUUGCAAUCUAUCAGCUUGGUCUGGGAUACAAGGGAAUAUUCAAAUUCAAGGCAGAAAGUGAUCUCUUCCUUGCUGAACAUCACAAAUUGUUGCUAUAUGAUGGCAAACUAUCCAGUGCUAUUGCUUUUAUGUACAAUCCAAGGGCUACAGAUGCACAGCUGUGUCUAGAGUCAUCCCCUAAGGACAACCCGUCGAUUUUUGUUCAUUCGCCACAUGCCCUCAUGCUGCAGGAUGUGAAAGCAGUCUUGACUCAUUCUAUCCAAAGUGCUCUGCACUCCAUUGGAGGGGUGCAGGUGCUUUUCCCACUCUUUGCACAGCUGGAUUACAGGCAAUAUUCAUCAGACCACAUUGACACAACUGUUUGUUCUGCUUUACUGGCUUUCAUCAUGGAGUUGCUGAAGAACUCCAUCGCUAUGCAAGAACAGAUGCUAUCCUGUAAGGGCUUCCUUGUGAUAGGACAUAGCCUAGAAAAGUCUUCCAAAGCCCACGUUACCCGAGCUGUGCUAGAGCUCUGCCUUGCCUUUUCAAAAUACCUAAGCAACUUACACACCGGGGCGCCCUUGCUGAAGCAGCUGUGUGAUCAUGUUCUCCUUAAUCCUGCAAUAUGGAUUCAUAUCCCAGCACAGGUUCAGCUGACCCUGUACACUUACCUGUCCACUGAGUUCAUUGGCACUGUGAACAUAUAUGGUGCAAUCCGUCGAGUUGGGACAGUUCUCCUGGUCAUGCAUACCCUGAAGUAUUAUUACUGGGUAGUGAAUCCUCAGGAUCGCAGUGGUAUAACCCCCAUGGGCAUAGAUGGGCCACGACCUACUCAGAAAGAGAUUUUAUCUCUGCGAGCGUUCUUGUUGAUGUUUGUAAAACAGCUAGUGAUGAAGGACUAUGGAAUAAAAGAAGAUGAAUUGCAGGCUAUCCUCAAUUACCUGCUCACUAUCCAUGAGGAUGACAAUCUAAUGGAUGUCUUACAGUUGCUUGUUGCUCUGAUGUCAGAGCAUCCCAGCUCUAUGAUCCCUGCUUUUGAUCAGAGGAAUGGAUUACAGGUUAUCUACAAGCUUUUAGCAUCUCAAAGUGAAGGCAUCAGAGUGCAAGCUCUUAAAGUGAUGGGAUAUUUCUUAAAGCAUCUUGCUCCAAAGAGAAAAGCUGAAGUCAUGCUUGGACAUGGAUUGUUCUCUUUGUUGGCUGAAAGGCUGAUGCUUCAGACAAGCUUAAUCACCAUGACCACAUACAAUGUCCUGUUUGAGAUUCUGACUGAACAGAUUUGCACUCAAGUGAUCCAUAAACAGCAUCCUGACUCAGAUUCAACAGUGAAGAUACAAAACCCUCAGAUUUUGAAGGUUAUUGCAAUCCUGCUGCGUAAUUCUCCACAGUGCCCAGAAACUCUGGAGGUUCGGAGGGCCUUUCUUUCAGAUAUGAUUAAACUUUUUAAUAACAGCAGAGAGAAUAGGAGGAGUUUGCUGCAGUGCUCUGUCUGGCAGGAGUGGAUGCUUUCCCUUUGCUGUUUCAACCCCAAGAGCUCUGAGGAACAGAAGAUAACUGAGAUGGUGUACACCGUAUUUCGGAUUCUGCUCUACCAUGCAAUCAAAUAUGAGUGGGGUGGCUGGCGUGUGUGGGUAGACACACUGUCCAUCACACAUUCUAAGGUCACUUUUGAAAUGCACAAAGAGAGUCUUUCUCAAAUGUACAGGGAAUACCAAGGGAAAGGAGGUGAAGGCAGUGGAAUACAUUCUUCAACUCCCAUUAGAACAAUCUCUGGAGCAAACAAAGAAGCUAAAAUCAAGGGAAAGCAGAAAUGUUUAGAGUUGAAAGAUGCUUCUGGUCCUUCCUGCAUUACCAGUGACGUGAAGUGCAGUACUGAACAGAAAGAGACAAAUAUCUCAUCAGACGGUGACCAGCAAGCUCCUUCAGUAUGUAAGCACAGGGAGGAGAGAGAGGGGGAAGACAAAGAGACUGCACAGGAUCUAGCAGCAGUACGUGGUGCAGAACUUUCUCCAGAAGCAGUAAAGCCUGGUGUUUCAGAAAUCAGCACUGGAAUAGCUGAAGCUACUGACGAUUCUCUGAGCAAAGCUGAUGAGCUUGCAGAAGGAACAGUGGCUGUCAAUGCUGCUUCUUUAGCAAGGCAAACUGCUUUGGAAGGAGAAACUGCAGAAAGACUGGACAAAUUAACAGCAGAGAUGGAAGAGGAAGAUGACUUUGUUGAUCUGCAGGAGGAAAGUAGUGUGCCUUUGCCUUCAGAAGAGUUUGUGGAAACAAACAAGGAGCAGAGCUCUAGUGAAAGUGAAGCGAGAACGCAGGACAAACCAACACAGAAGCCACCCAAAUCUGUGCUUUUAAAAUCUGAAGAUAGUGAUGGUGUGGAUGGGAAACAAGAAGUGACUUCUUUACCAGAAGUAGCUACUCAGCCAAAUUUAGGUGGGGAAAAGAAGUUAGACGAAGAGAAGAUUCUUUUCAGUGAAACCAAAACAGCUGAAGGAAUAGCAAAUGCCCAUCUGGCAGAGCCUGCUGGAGCCUCUGACAAAAGAAUCGCCAAACUUGAUGUUUCCAGUGUUGCAUCAGAUACAGAAAGACUGGAACUGAAGGCAAGCAAGUGUCUAGAAGCACCUCCACCUUCUAGAUCCAUACCCGAGACCUCAAGGCAGCAAGAUUCUUUGGGACAAGAGCCUGCUGCUACAUCAGAUGGGCAAAGAAGGGAAUCUAGAUCAACUAUGUUCCGUAUCCCUGAGUUUACGUGGUCACUGAUGCAUCAGCGCUUGCUCACAGAUUUACUCUUUUCCAUAGAAACAGAUAUACAGAUGUGGAGAAGCCAUUCUACAAAAACUGUCAUGGACUUUGUGAAUAGCAGCGACAAUGUAGUAUUUGUGCACAACACAAUUCACCUCAUCUCUCAAGUGAUGGACAGUAUGAUCAUGGCUUGUGGUGGGAUAUUGCCAUUGCUUUCUGCUGCCACAUCUGCUACUCAUGAGUUGGAAAAUAUUGAGCCAACUCAAGGCCUUUCAGUAGAAGCAUCUUUAACAUUUCUCCAGAGAUUAAUCAACCUUGUGGAUGUGCUGAUUUUUGCAAGCUCUCUUGGUUUCACUGAAAUUGAGUCUGAGAAAAAUAUGUCAUCUGGAGGAGUUCUGCGACAAUGUCUGCGUCUGGUGUGUGCAGUAGCAGUAAGAAAUUGCUUGGAGUGUCAGCAGCAUGCACAGACGAAACCUACUGGAGACACUGUGAAGAACCAAAAAGCAGUGCAGGGCUUUAUAGGAACAGGAAAGUCUGCAGCAAAGAGUCCAGUGGACAUAGUGACUGGUGGCAUUUCUCCAAUCCGAGACCAUGACAGACUUCUGCAGGAUAUGGAUAUUAAUCGACUCCGAGCAGUGGUAUUCAGAGACAUAGAGGAUAGUAAACAGGCUCAAUUUUUGGCUUUGGCUGUUGUAUAUUUUAUUUCUGUGCUCAUGGUUUCGAAAUACAGAGAUAUACUGGAACCCCAGAAUGAAAGACGAGCGCCAAACUGUAGCCAGGCCUUCAAGGAGGCAGAGAAUGGGAACAACAAAAUUCCUCCUGCAGCUGCUGCUCUUGGUACUUCAGCCUCCCCUGAAGAUUCAGAAAGUACAGCAGUUGCACAAAGAAGGGAUUCUGGCCUUGGGGAGGAGCCAGUUUCAGGGCAAAGGAACAGUUCCAGUAAUGUUGCUGAAGCAGGACCCCUGAGUAUCAGUGCAGGUCCUGAUGCAGUCAGUGAAGUCCUGCGCACACUCUCAUUAGAAGUAAAUAAGUCUCAGGAGGGCAGAAACGAGACAGGACCUGAAGACAGUAAGUGUGCACCUUCUGUGCCAGCUGCAAAAAAUGUCAAUGUAAAGGACAUCCUGAGAAGCUUGGUAAGCACCCCAACUGAUGGGACUGCAGUGGAUGCUGCUUUUAUGCCACCAACCUUCCUUGGACUUCUUGGCAAUGGAGCUGCUGAGCAACCUAUACAGUUCCAUUCCUUUGACAGGAGUGUUGUUGUACCGCCAAAGAAAUCAACCAUCCCCUCUUCUGCAGCUGCUAUGAGUAUUCCUGCAAAUGCUGUCAGUGUGGUUUCCUCUGUAGAUUCAACCCAAGCCCUGGAUUUGUCAGGAGUGUCUCCUGGUGAGGGAUCAUCUCAUUCAAAAUUGCCAUCUGUCCCUACAGUUUCUUCAGUGCCUGAGGAUUCAGCUUCAAAUAUGAGCAUCACAGACAGGCUUGAACAUGCUUUGGAAAAAGCUGCCCCGCUUCUGAGAGAGAUUUUUGUGGAUUUUGCUCCCUUUCUUUCUCGGACUCUUUUGGGCAGCCAUGGGCAGGAAUUGCUGAUAGAAGGUACAAGUCUCGUGUGCAUGAAAUCCAGCAGUUCUGUGGUGGAGCUGGUGAUGUUGCUUUGCUCUCAGGAGUGGCAGAACUCUAUACAAAAGAAUGCUGGCCUUGCCUUCAUUGAGCUUGUCAACGAAGGAAGGUUGCUGAGUCAAACCAUGAAGGACCACUUGGUAAGAGUGGCUAACGAAGCAGAAUUUAUCUUGAGCAGACAGAGAGCGGAGGACAUUAACCGCCAUGCAGAAUUUGAGUCACUGUGUGCCCAGUAUUCCGCAGACAAACGGGAAGAAGAAAAAAUGUGUCAUCACCUGAUAAUGGCAGCUAAAUACCGAGACCAGGUGACUGCAACGCAGCUGAUACAGAAAAUUGUCAACAUUCUGACAGACAAGCAUGGAGCCUGGGGAAGCUCUGCUCUAAGUCGUCCUCGUGAGUUCUGGCGCCUUGACUACUGGGAAGAUGACUUGCGGCGCCGGCGACGGUUUGUGCGUAACCCCCUCGGAUCGACACAUCCUGAAGCGACACUAAAAGCAGCUGGAGAACAUGCUCCUGAUGAGGACAUACUUGUUAAAGGAAAGCAAUCCAUCAAGAGUCAAGUAUUAGGAAAUCAGAACUCAGAAAGUGAGAUUCUGCUGGAAGGUGACGAUGAUAUCAUGUCAUUCAUGGAGGAAAGAGAAGUGGAGAGCUUAACAGGUCCAGUUGCCCUAAGCACACCAGCUCAGCUUGUGGCACCCUCAGUGGUAGUGAAAGGCACUCUUUCCAUCACUCUUUCUGAGCUCUGUUUUGAGGUGGAUGAAGAAGAUCCCAGUUUUAAGAAAAUCGACCCAAAGAUUCUGGCGUAUACAGAAGGACUCCAUGGGAAAUGGCUCUUUUCAGAAAUUCGAUCUAUCUUUUCCCGACGCUACCUUUUGCAGAAUACAGCCCUGGAGAUAUUCAUGGCAAACAGAGUGGGUGUCAUGUUCAACUUUCCUGACCAAGCAACAGUAAAGAAAGUGGUUAACUGUCUGCCUCGGGUUGGCAUUGGUACCAUCUUUGGAGUACCCCAGACCAGACGCAUUUCUUUGGCCAGUCCGCGGCAGAUUUUCAAAGCUUCCAACAUGACCCAGCGAUGGCAACACAGAGAAAUCUCCAACUUUGAGUACCUGAUGUUUCUGAACACUAUAGCAGGUCGAACUUACAACGACUUAAAUCAGUACCCUGUCUUCCCUUGGGUUAUCACCAACUAUGAAUCAGAGGAGUUGGACCUUACACUUCCUAGCAACUUCAGGGAUUUGUCAAAGCCCAUCGGAGCUUUGAACCCAAAGAGAGCAGCGUUCUUCGCAGAGAGAUACGAGUCCUGGGAAGAUGAUCAGGUUCCAAAAUUUCACUAUGGCACACACUAUUCAACUGCAAGCUUUGCACUCACCUGGUUAUUAAGAAUUGAACCCUUUACAACACUUUUCCUAAAUCUGCAAGGUGGGAAGUUUGAUCACGCAGAUAGAACUUUUUCAUCUGUUUCAAGAGCCUGGCGAAAUAGUCAGCGUGACACUUCUGAUAUCAAGGAAUUGAUUCCUGAAUUCUAUUACCUCCCAGAGAUAUUUGUCAACAGCAACAAUUACAAUCUGGGAGUGAUGGAUGAUGGAACAGUUGUGUCUGAUGUUGAACUUCCACCAUGGGCCAAAACCCCAGAAGAAUUUGUUCGCAUCAACAGACUGGCAUUAGAAAGUGAGUUUGUUUCCUGCCAGCUUCACCAGUGGAUUGAUCUGAUUUUUGGCUACAAACAGCAAGGCCCAGAGGCUGUUAGGUCCCUGAAUGUAUUCUACUAUUUGACUUAUGAAGGAGCUGCUAAUUUAAGCUCAAUAACAGAUCCUGUAUUGAGAGAGGCUGUUGAAGCUCAAAUACGAAGUUUUGGACAGACCCCUUCCCAACUGCUCAUAGAACCACAUCCUCCAAGAAGUUCUGCCAUGCAAGUGUAUCUCCUCCUGCAGAGUCCGUUGAUGUUCACAGACCAAGCUCAACAGGACGUUAUCAUGGUUCUAAAGUUUCCAUCCAACUCUCCUGUCACUCAUGUAGCAGCCAACACCCAGCCUGGUCUGGCCACUCCUGCUGUGAUCACAGUUACUGCAAAUAGGCUAUUUGCUGUAAACAAGUGGUAUAAUCUUCCUGCUCAUCAAGGUGCUGUACAGGACCAGCCUUACCAGCUGCCAGUGGAAAUCGAUCCUCUCAUAGCCAGCAAUACAGGGAUGCACAGAAGGCAAAUCACUGACCUAUUAGACCAAAGCAUUCAGGUUCACUCCCAGUGUUUUGUCAUCACCUCUGACAAUCGUUACAUCCUGGUCUGUGGCUUCUGGGACAAGAGCUUCCGAGUUUAUUCGACUGACUCAGGUAAACUGAUGCAGGUAGUAUUUGGACACUGGGAUGUUGUCACCUGUCUUGCUCGUUCAGAGUCCUAUAUUGGAGGAAAUUGCUACAUUCUCUCAGGAUCCCGAGAUGCUACCUUGCUGCUGUGGUACUGGAAUGGCAAAACCAACAUCAUUGGUGAUAACCCAAGAGGUGAUUUUGCAACUCCUCGAGCUAUUUUGACAGGACAUGACUAUGAGAUCACAUGUGCUGCCAUUUGUGCUGAGCUUGGCCUGGUCAUAAGUGGUUCAAAAGAGGGACCAUGUCUCAUACAUUCUAUGAAUGGAGAUCUACUGAGGACGCUAGAAGGUCCUGAAACAUUAGCAGGUCCCAAAAACUGCCUGAGACCCAAACUUAUUCAAGCUUCAAGAGAAGGACACUGUGUCAUAUAUUAUGAGAAUGGCCUCUUUUGUGUGUUCAGUGUGAAUGGGAGACUUCAAGCCAGUAUGGAAACAAAUGACAAGAUAAAGGCAAUUCAGCUGAGCCGAGAUGGGCAGUACCUGCUCACAGGUGGAGACAAUGGAAUCGUCAUGGUGUGGCAGAUGUGGGACCUCAAGCAGCUUUUUGCUUACCCAGGCUGCGAUGCUGGAAUACGGUCCAUGGCCCUGUCAUAUGACCAAAGGUGCAUAAUGACUGGCAUGGCAUCGGGCAGCAUCGUGGUUUUCUACAAUGAUUUCAAUCGUUGGCACCACGAAUACCAAACCAGAUACUGAUCUGCAGA